AUGCGGAGAAAUGGCCGUGUCGAGAAAAUCGAUGCUAACGGAUCAAAGUCUGGCACCAUGGUGGGGUCGGCUGUCGUCUUCGUCGUCGUCGUCGUGGCGAGUCUUUCGCUGCUCACCUAUAUUGGCUUCUGUGUCGUGGAGAGGCUGAUCUUGGAGAGUUCAGGAACUCGAUCUCAAUAUCCAGCUCGCGGCGAGGCGGCAUUGCGAGAUCCUAUUUCAGGGCCUCGCUUGGAAAUCGGUUGCCUAAAAGGCAGGAAUCUUGGACGAGCCACAGGCAUCAGCCUCUGUCGCAAAUAUCGAUCUGCACUUUUGGACCUUAGUCGGAAACACUAUUCCUUACCCUGUAGCUGA